UAUCUCUACAACAAUAAUAUGACAAAGCGAAAAUCCGACGUCGUUUAACUUUUCCCCUUCCCUUCCUCCAUUCCAUCAUAAAACCAACUGCGCCUUUCCUUACCCUUCUCUUUCACAGAUAAAAUCAAUAUUCAACCACACACCAACCAAAACCAAAUGGCCAUUCCCGUGUCUCAGAUUCCCUCCAUCGCCGCCGCCCUCAUUCUUCUCCUCGCCGCACUCUCCAAUGCCAGAGACCUCCGUCCAUCAGAGCACGGCUUGGACUACCAAAACCCUGACGCUAUCCACAGCUCCUCUCCUCAGAUGCAGUCCUUCUUCAGAGGUAACUCCUGGUCCAACUCUGAUGUCGCUCUUCCCAAGGCCAUGAACACUUCCCUCCCCCCACAGUGGUCCAAUCGUGCCCAUCGCAACCGCUCUGGAGCCUCCGCUGCGGAUGGAGAUCACAUUCGCGGCGCAUUGCUUGUCGCCAGUUUGGUAUGUGGAAUUAUUGGCGUUUCUUUGCUGGUUGCUUCUGCUUUUAUUUACUUCUUUAAGUUCAGGAAGCAGAGUAGAUCGUCGUCGUCGUCGGUCUCUGUCUCAGAAACUACUAACAUUAUUGCUAACAAGUGAUUGUGAUGAGGAAUUUGCAUGUACAUAUAGACGACUGUACUGAGAUGAGAUCUGGUGGCUGUGUUCCGCCUGAUAUGAUCUUAUUUUGUUUUGCUUCUUCUUUGAUUGAAUUUUUGGUGUUGCAGAGUGGAAUUAAUGUGUUUAGUGCUGAUUUUGGAGAUUAGAUCUUCUUCUUUCAGACAUUCUAAAUCAGAUUAAUUAUUUUGGCAAUUAUAUUUGAUGCGACAGAUUUGGAUUCCAUUGAAUUGAAUAACGUUGAAAUAUUAAAUUAGAGAGGGAGAGGAAUGGAGUUGAGAGUGUUUAGAAGAAGUAAGACAAAAAAGAUGGGGGGAAGCAGUCUCCGACUCUCAAA